AUGGAUGUAAGUUAUGACCUCAGGUGGGAUGCUGAACCUGAGCCAGGCGGUGUUGACUUAGAGGCCGGUUAUGACCUAGGGUGGGAUUAUGCACCCGAUGGUGGUGAUUAUGACCUUGGGUGGGGUUUUGCACCCGAUGGUAAUGAUGUAUCUUCAGGUGAGGUGCUCCAAGAGUCUGUAGGAGUUGACCUCAGAUGGGAAGCACCCACUGUGGAUGCCUUGGAUUCAAGAUGUGCGAUGAUGGCAUUGUCAUCUAUCGACAUCGACGAGGUUUAUGACCUCGGGUGGAAUGACACUGCUACUGUGGAUCGCGUGGAAGAUCAGCAGGUGCAAUCUGAUUUGAUUCCACUGAGCUCCAGCUCCAACUUUGUGGGAGAUGAGGAUUCAAAUGCCUCUGCAGGUGUGAUGAGUUCUAAUGCCCAGCUGGGACCAUCAAAUCAUACGCCCAAUGUCCUUCAUCAAGCAGAAGCCGCCAUGGCUCAUGCCCUCCGGAGGUUGAAUGCUGUGGGUCACACCAACGAUGAUGAACAAAUGCAUUGCAUUAUGCAAACCGCAGUUGACAGCCUCGGAAGAUCUUAUGCUCCCUCGAAGGUGAGGAGAGCAAAUUCAUGGUUGUUCGGCGCAUACAGCGAGGCGAGGAAUCAGGUGACCGAGGUGGGAGAAGACAUUCUCUCAAUCACCUGA